AUGCAGCUGGAGUUAGAUUUUUCCAAAUCUAGGAAAGUUAUAGAGAUUCCAAUCGACUUGGUGGCCAUCCAGACGCUAACAGUCUUGAAGCUAAAAUGGUGUCAGUUUGAGAUAUCUGAGAACUCUCCCAAGGGUCUUAAGUUACUGAGAACGCUGGUGUUAAUGAGGACCAAGGUGACAAAAAAGACGCUAGAUGCAAUCUUCAACAACUGCAUCCACCUCGAGACGCUUGAACUAAUCAACUGUCGAAUGUUCGGGGUAUUGAGAAUCAACGCUCAAAACAAUAUGAAGUUCAAGUUGUUGGUCGUGUAUUCUAUGCUGAAUCUCUUGAAGAUAUUUUUGGAUGCACCCACUCUUGAAUGCUACAAGUAUGAUGGAUAUGUCAGGAUGAUUGACUUUUCAAGAGUGAAUGUACUUAAAGAGGUAAAACUUCAUUAUAAUCGGAGUUAUGAUCGGCAUAGUUGCAAUCCACUUGCCAUGGUGAUUGCUAAUAUGAGAGCUUUUAUGGGAGUUCAUGUUCUCGCAACGACAAACAUCUUUCUUGAG